AAUAAAUAAAGCUAAGUAAGAAAUGAUUGCCGAUCAGUCUAGUAGACUCUAGUAGCCAAUAUUCAGAUAUUGAAAAACAAAUAUAUGAUAUUGAAAAAAUGAAGAAGAGUGUUGUAAAUUUGAUCACUCAAGCAAGCAGUCAACACUUUUGCAUCUACUUCAAUGUACUGACUGACCUACCAUGGUCAGAUCUGCUGAUGGUAUGGUAGUCUACCUUUACAGGCAACAGGAAACCUAAAGUAAAUUCAGGAAGUAAUUCAAAUCUGUAUUUUCCUUUGAAACAGUACCGUAGUCUACUGUACAGCAGUAAAAGUUGUUGGCCGGAGUAAUAAACUUACAGACUUAAUACAGUAAUACUGGAAUAUAUUGUUUAACCAUCUUUGCGAACUUCAGUCUCUCUGCCCUGUUAUUACUGUAUUACAGUAUUAUGCUCUCAGUUAUAUUGAAUCUAAUUAUAAUAUAUCUUCCACAAUAUUUCCUCAUGAUGCGUUCACUUCUUUCAUGUGCCCUGUGUAUACAAUGUCUUUUUAAUUCUAUACACAACAGAUAGAUCAGGCGACGGAAACAUUUUUGACCAAGAGAGCCAUAAAAGGUACCGUACAUAUUUUCAAUUGCAUUUCUGUGCUUUUCUUAAUCAUGCCCUAAACUUUUACUCAAAAGUCAACACAUACAAUGUCUCAAUAUUAUGCCUCCCCCAAAAGAGCCAUAUAUUAAAGGUAUCAAAAAGCAUCUAUAUAUGUUUAGGGUAUAUUUGGGAUUGAAACUGGAAUAUUCAGUCAUUAAAACCACACAUUAGAUACGUAUCAGAACUGUUGGGAAAUCCUGUUCCUAUGUUGCAAGUCUUUACUUCUGAUUGAAUAUUCUGAACAUUUAAUUAAAAAAUUAAUGAAACUUAAUUUAAUAAGUUCUGUUUUAGUUCAGUUGGUAAUAUUGACUGAUCUUUGAAUUAAAUUUUAUUAUUGUCUAUGCCAUAAAUUAUAUUUGCCAUUCUAUUCUAUUAUACAUUACAUAUUCAACUUGAAAGUCGAGUUUUUAAUUGAAAUUGACAUCGGAAACUAUUCAUGUUACUUCGACUGUUUAAUUACGGUAGGAUUCAUGGUUCAAUUAGAAAUUUCAAAGGUUUGGUUGGGUUGAUAAGGUUUUAAUUAUGUGCGAAUAAUGAGUGUAAAUGUAUAUUAUUGUGGCUAUUUUUAGUCCUAUGACUUAUGAUGUAUGGAUGUUUGUUAUAUUUAUUUUAAUAUUCUUCUUCCGUUAAAUUUGCUUUGAUUAAUCAUGAUUUAUGUGUUUUAUUUAACAUAUCAAUUUAUAUUGAGUGCUAGUUAUAGAAUCAGGAAACCUGUAGAAUGGGCAUUCUUCAUAAUAUUAUUUUCCAUUACCAUAUUUAAAUGUUUAGCAGGUCCUUGAGCCAUAUUAUUAUUUAGUUAUAUACACAUGUAAAUAAUUGGAUCUUUAAUUGAGAUCUCAUUUCCUCUUUGGAUAUUGGAUUAUUCUUUGAAAUGAUAGAAGUCCCAGAUAUCAGCCAUUUAACACCGGAAGAACAACAAAAAAUCUUAAGUGUUCUUAAAAGACAACAAGAUGAAGAAGAUAAAGAAAAGAAUAUGCUCAAGGUCCUGCACGACCAAUUCGAGGAUUAUAAAUCCCAUAUUAAAAUGGUAGCGGAAGAAUCGAAAGCAGCCACUCCACCUGAUGACAAUGACCCUGUUUGUGCUUUGUGUUAUAAAACAAAGUUUGCCGAAGGAUGUGGGCAUAUUUGUACUUUCUGUGAGAUCCGCUUCUGUUCAAGGUGCGGUGGAAGGAUAACAAUCAAAUCUAACAAGAAUGAAGUUAUGACAAUGUGGGUGUGUAAUCUUUGUCGAAAACAGAAAGAAAUUUUGACAAAAUCUGGUGCUUGGUAUCACACUGCAGAUAAUAAUAAUAAACCUUUCACAACGCCUCAAAUAAAUCAUCAAGAAGACACAAGCGAGAAAGAAAAUAGGCAGACGGAAGCAGCCAAAACUCCAAUAACACCUACAGAAAGAAACGCCAAUAUGAAAAAGACUGCUGUUGAAUCAUUCACCAAUAAUGGAGAGAGGCCUCGGAACCAGAGUUCAAUCUCUCCAUUAACACCAUCUGCUAAAGGGGAAAAUAGUAAAGAAAAUAUACUAUCACCAGUUGGACAAGUUGGAAAUACUGUUAACAAAAAUGUUAAUAUUACACAAAAUUUACCUGUGGAUGAUACAAGAAUUAAAAAAGUAGAAACCGUACCGAAUUUCAACACUUACAACGACCAUAAAAACACUUCAUCGCCAUCUCUGGGAAUAACACAAAGUGUAUCAAUUGCAAACGGUUUUUUGAAUUCCCACCCAGUUAAAAUGGACGUACCACAAGCUCCAGUGCCCGCAAAACGAACUGACGUAAGACAGACGAAUCACCAACAAAAAAGGACUUCAAAAACUUCACCGGAACAUGAAAAGAAAGCCCUUUCUGAAAGGGAAUUAAAUGUCUCUUCACCUGUGACUUCUAAAUCUAGGUUAUAUACCAAAAACGGGCAAGUUUCACAUGUCGGUCGUGACAGCAGAAUUUCUCAGAGCAGCUCGAAGGCUUCCAUUUCUCCUUCUGAUUCUUAUCAUAGAAUUUCCCAGACUUUGGAAAGGAAUAGACUUUCCAGUUCAGACCUUUCUCAGAAAAGGGAACACGCAAAAAUUCAAAGACGAAUAGCCAAUGAGCUCAAGCAUAAUUCCUAUACGAAUAUUCCAGAUGAUACUAAGCCUUCAUAUAUAUCUUCAAGAAGACAACAAUUGAAUGGAUGUAGAAGUGAACCCAAUUUACCAGAGUGUUAUAGUGUUCCUGAUAAAACCAGAGAACCAGGAGUCCAUAGAAAGCGAUUGUACCGCCUACAGCCCUCAAGAAAAGGACCUCCAGUCCGAGAAUUUUCGAUAAGCAGUUCGGAAGAUGACAUUAGAUCUGGAACCGAAUAUUCAAGUAUUGACGACGCUGAUAAAGAAACCAGCAGUGAUUACGAGUUUACCCAUUUGCAGCAUCCUUCUACAAUGAACCAAAUGUUACCUCACGCUUGCUACCAUAGACCAUGCUAUCACCCGUUAGAGAAUUACGCCAUGGAGAAUUUUACGAAAUCAUCGACCAGUUUGUAUUCGUGCCGACGCAGUUCAGGAAACACAAGAGAUUCGGGAGUCGAAAGCAGUUCAGUUUUAUGUCAUGAUCUUUCUCAAGAGCAGUUACCAGUUCCAUGGCAACCUUCAUCAGACGGCCGAUUUCUCAUUGGUCAUCUUCUCUUGUACAAGAACGUGUCAUCUGCAAGUAACAUGGCACGACGUGCUGGAGCUUUAUUAGGAUUAAAGGUUGUUGGAGGAAAGACAACACCUUCAGGUAGACUAGGAGCAUUUGUUACAAAAGUCAAAAAAGGAAGUUUAGCUGAUACCAUCGGCCAUCUUAAACCAGGAGAUGAAAUAAUAUCGUGGAAUAAAUUUUGUCUACAAGAUGCAACUUUUGAUGAAGUUUAUGAGAUUAUUUUGGAAUCAAAAGCAGAUUCAAUGGUGGAAUUAGUUGUGUCUCGACCUAUUCGCGACGUUCCAAGAAUCCCUGAAACGAGACUUCACCAAACUGCGGAAUCAAGCAGUUGUUCUCUUGAUUCUGAAAGAAGAGAUUUUGAGUCAUACACCAUUAAACCAUUACAUGGUAGAAUUCAGAUAAAAAUAUGGUAUGAUGAAAAAAGUCAACAAUUGUAUGUGACUGCCAUUCGUGCUGUAGAUUUGUUAGCAAGAGAAGGUGGUCUUCCCAGAAACCCUUACUUGAAAAUGUACCUUUUGCCUGAUCGUAGCAACCUUUUUAAAAGGAAAACGAAAACAGCAAAGAAAACGUUAGCUCCAGAAUGGAUGCAAACCUUUGUUUACGGCGAAGUUAGACGAGAUGAUCUUGGUGCAAUGGCGUUGGAAUUGACGCUAUGGGACUAUGACAGAUCCUUGGAAGCUAAUAAUAAAUUCAUGGGAGAGGUUAUUAUUGAUCUUGGACUAGUAUGUCUCAAUGAUGAACCACAUUGGUUUUAUUUGAUGCCUCUUGGAUGUGGAAUGAAUCAAGAUUAUGCUUCUGAAAGCUACCCACUCAUGCCUACUAGUUCCGUGUCUUCUGAUGUCAAUUUUACGGAAGCAAGCAACGACACCCUUUCAAAAUCGACGUCUUAUAUUGGUACAACACAGUCAUCAUUAGCAAGGACACAAAAAUCUCCGAAAGCAAUGCACAAACGAAUGUUGCCACAUCUUCCUGUUACCACAUCACAGAAUACAAUAGCAUAUGAUGAAACCAAGUCAGUAGGUAGAAGUACGCCAGCAACAACAGUAAAAGAAAGUAGAAGACAACCUCAGCAACCACAACAACAAAGAGAAGAUAUUUCAGAUAUUGGAGAUGGAUCUGUAUCUAGUAAACCAUCCAUGAAUUUCGAAGCAAUGUCUGUUGAUCACUCACAAACGCUACAAACAUUUGUCGGUGGUGUUGGACCUGGACAAAUUGUCGGACGACAAGCUCUCGGCAUGAGCUCUGUUGGAGAGCUUGAGCUUGGAUUUUAUCGUCACCAAAGUCAACUCGUUGUUCAAGUAAAGCGUGCACGAAAUCUCUCUGGUAAAUCAGGGUCAAGAACCAUGCCAGCCUUUUAUGUUAAAGUUUACAUGAUGUCAGGAGUACAAUGUAUUACCAAAAAGAAAACGAAAUUGUCAACGCGAACACUUUCUCCCAACUUCAACGAAAGUUUAGUUUUUGAUCCUAAUCACGUCGGAAAUGCUUUACAGGUUAUCAUAUGGGGUGACUACGGAAGGAUGGACAACAAAUCUUUCACUGGUUCGGCUCAAAUCGCUCUGGAAAAUUUAGACUUAGCUACCAGAGUAAUUGGGUGGUAUAAACUUUUUCCUUCUUCUUCAAUAAUAGAUGCUUCAUCUUAUGGUCCUAGACAAGACUCAUAUUCUUCGUUUGGCAGUUCAUCACAAAUUUUAACUUGAACUCUUGAGAUUUUUAUUUCGUCGAAAAAUGUUAUUGUUACGCUGUCCAGGGGAUCUAUUGCAGGGUGGUCCAAGGUUGUUGACGUCGGGGCCACAAUAUUAAUUGAGUGUUGUUGGCCCGCGGCCUGGGUUUGUACCACCCAGAUCUAGCAUGUUGUUACAUGAAUGAAAAUUGAAAAAUUAGUUAUAGUGGCAAGAUUCCAAUAUGGUUGCAAUAUUCCAACGUUAUCGACAUAUUUUGUGUCUUUGUGUCACUACGACAUGAAAAAAAUAACUGAAUAUCUUGUUUCCGAUAGUGGUCACAUAUUCGUUAUUGGUUCAACAUCCACAACUGCAUUUGGAUAUACAGGAUAAGUCUUGUAUUAAAUUUUUGAGAAUUGACUUAAUGAAAUGAGAAAAUUGUAACUCUGACCGACUUUAUGAACAUUUACGAUUCAUUUGCAUAUGGACUUGCGGCCAAUGGAUUUUGAUAAUUAAGUAUUUUUUAGUUGUUUAUCAAUUUUAGGAUUUGCGUUAAUAAAUAUACACAUUUCCAUUGAUUGCUCAUAAGCACAAAUCUGAAUAAAAAUUCCGAUUCUCAACAUACACAUUUCCAAUUGCUUCAAAAUGUUUAAUUUUCUACAAAUUCUAUUUUAAGACUUCAUUUUUAUAAACUUAUUGCAUUGUAAUGAUAUAAAUACACUUCAAAUGGCAAUCCACAAUAUUCACUUGACAUUCCAAGAUGAAAUAUAUGAAUUGAAAUUUUCGUUAAAAUUUUUUUUUCUACUGUACUACUAUGGUUUUCUCUGUGAUAUGUUCUCUUCUAUUUUCUGCUUAUCUUGGCAUUUUUUUAAAUUAUGGUACGAUAAAAUGAAGUAAUCUUCGCUGUCAGUACACGUUUAGGUGCAUUCAAGUUUCGUGUUGCAAUAUAUAUUUUUUAAUUUUAGCCAUACUCAGCGCUGCUUUUUUAUAUUACACUUAUCUCUGUGCAGUAUGUUUAUAUUUGGGCUCCAAAUUUGCACAUUUUUCUUCAAAUUCAGCCUAAAAUUUAAUUGCAUCGUCUUCAAUCAUGUUUAAAUGAAAUUUAUCAGUUCGCGAAAUAUUAAUAAUAAACACACACAAAACUUAGCACAAGUAUAUAUGAAAUUCAGUAUUGAUUUAAGAGGUUCUAAAUGUCAGAUUUUAUUUUUGGUUGUUCACUAUUUUUGUUGCUUCGGCCUACCAUAAGAAAAUAACCUUACUUAUUCUGGCCACCCUACUUUAGGUUGAUGAAAAUUUUGGCCUAUACUCCAGGGCCAAAAUACACGAAAAUUUUAAUAACCAUUACGCAUGUAAGCGCUCUUCAAUCAAUUGCAUAUUGAAAAUGCUUGAAGAUAGUUGUCUUUUCAUUGGAAAUUUUGACUUGUCAGUAAAAGCAUCCAGAAAAAAUAAUCCAUUCUGAGCACAAGAUUCAUUUCCUACUUAAUGGUAUCAUGAAAUAAGUUUGAAAAUGGAUAAGACAAGCCUUUGUUGCUUCAUCUAUAUUCUAUAUAUAUGUCACCAUAAUGUAGAAGCAUCACUUAUAGCAUAGCAAAAUAUUUUUGACUUCAUAGAAAUAUCUUACCUAAACAAUUGUUUUUGUUCCUAAAAUUGAUUACUGUGUGUUUGUGACCCGUUUUUGUGAAAUUUUGUCUUACUUAUUGAUGGUUUAUACAUAAGCUUCAAAUAUUAUUUAUUAUAUUAUUAUGCUUGUUUGUUAUUGAUAUUAUCAGCACGUGAAAUAUGUGUUUUUGUAUUAAAAUUGAUCAUCAUAUAUUAUUA